GCAGCGUGACUGACAGUCUCUGAGCAUCCUCCUCUUCAAUUAAAAUCUGGUCAAGACGUUUAGAUAUAAAAACCGACAUAGAGCGACGCCUCGUCGUUCCGGUUUCAGGCACUGUCGGGAGAGGGAUUCUUGAGCUUAAAGAAAACGUCGCUACAGAGGAAGACAAGUUCACUCUCUUUCCUUGGUAGGCGUAUGAAGGCAUCACUAACGGCACAGCAUCACGGAGCGCCUUUUGACUCGCUUGCCUCCCGGUGCGCCGUUAAGAAUGAGGCACCUACAAGUGGACAUCAGCAUUUCUUUCAUUAAUGUUUAGUGAUGGAAAUAGCUGGAUUCAGUGAAAGGGGAGCGGACAUUCGAAGAGACCACUGGAUAGCAAAAUUCUGCAUAAUUUCCAGCCUUUCGUCCCCUGUUUCCUUUACAAUGUCACUACCAAGGAGACCGUCCUGAGGCACCUGUAUGCCCUGUCCAAGGCGGUAUGACUGACAUGUAAUACUGUAUGGUGCGUAGGCUACAUCACUGUGAUUCAAGGCUGGACGGUCAAAUGGGCUACUGCCCUCGUCGAAAAUAGGGCAGAGUCGAAAAAGUGAUAUAAAUUCAAAAUUUGUCAACCGGUUUUCCAACCGGAUUUGUUGGAAUUCUGGUACAGAAGUAGCUUGAAUUGACUGUUCUGACCAGCAGCCUCUCAACUCGAAGAGAACCUGUCACUGUGGAAUUGGAUAAUGUUGAUAUUAACGUGAAAAUGGGUUUAGUUUUCGGUCUCUUGUGGCUGUUCAACGUCUUAUUGGAGGGCAUCCAUUGCCAGGGAGUAUAUGCGCCCCCCACAGUGCGCAUCGUGCACUCUGGCCACGCCUGCAACAUUGAGGAGGAGCGCUACACAGAGAGAGUGUACACCAUCAGAGAGGGAGAGACUCUGGAACUGCAGUGUCUGGUCACGGGACACCCCCGACCCCAGGUCCGUUGGACCAAGACAGCAGGCAGCGCGUCUGAUCGCUUCCAGGACUCCAGCGUGUUCAACGAGACGCUGCGCAUAGCCAAGAUCCAACGGCACCAGGGAGGACGCUACUACUGCAAGGCUGACAACGGCCUGGGCUCGCCUGCCAUCAAGUCCAUACGCGUUGACGUGUAUUUCCUGGAUGAUCCUGAGGUGACAGUGCACCAGAGUAUAGGCGAGGCCAAGGAGCAGUUCUACUACGAGAGGACCGUGUUCCUGCGCUGCGUGGCCAACUCCAACCCACCGGUCCGCUACAGCUGGCGCCGCGGACGAGAGUUCCUGUCCCAGGGCUCUGACAAGGGAGUGGAGAUCUAUGAACCGUUCUUCACACAGGGGGAAACCAAGAUCCUGAAGCUGAAGAACCUGCGUCCUCAGGACUACGCCAACUACAGCUGCGUGGCCUCGGUGCGCAGUGUCUGCGGCCUCUCGGACAAGAGCGUGCGCUUCUCCCUCUCCAACAGAACAGCCUCCCCGACCAUCAAGCUCCUGGUGGAGGACCCCAUGGUGGUGAACCCGGGUCAGACGGUGACCCUGGUGUGUGUGACGGCAGGAGGCGAACCCACCCCCACGCUGACCUGGGUCCGCAGCCCCAGCGAGCUGCCCAGGAAGAGUGUCCUGAACGGGGGCACGCUCACCCUGCCGGCCGUCACCCUGGAGGAUGCCGGCGUCUACAGCUGCAUGGCCAACAACAACGUGGGCAACCCUGCCAAGAAGUCCACCAGCAUCCUGGUCCGAGGCCUGAGGAAAGGUCGUUUCUGGAUCACCCCUGACCCCUACCACAAUGACGACAACAUCCAGAUCGGCCGCGAGGUCAAGAUCUCCUGCCAGGUGGAGGCCACGCCCCCUGAGGAGCUGAUGUUCGGCUGGCUGAAGAACGGCCGGCCGCUGCGCAGUUCGGAGCGCAUGGUCAUCACCCACACCGAUGCCGAGGUGUCCCCCGGCACCACCAACCUGGACAUCAUCGACCUCAAAUUCACCGACUUCGGCACGUACACGUGCGUGGCCUCGCUGAGGAAUGGCGGCAUCCCCGAGAUCAGCAUCGACGUCAACAUCUCCUCCACGACAGUCCCUCCAGAGUUGACGGUGCCGAGGGGGAAGUCCUCCCUGGUGGUCCAGGAGGGGGAGACGGUGGAGCUGCAGUGUCUGGUCUCUGGCAAGCCCAAGCCCAUCAUCCUCUGGUCCCGGGCCGACAAGGAGGCCGCCAUGCCCGACGGAGCCAUGACCACCGAGAGCUACGACGGCGUGCUGCGCAUCCUCAACGUUUCCAGGGAGAUGACGGGAACCUACCGUUGCCAGACCAGUCAGUACAACGGCUUCAACGUCAAACCCCGCGAGGCCCUGAUCGAGCUGGUGGUGCAGUACCCCCCCACGGUGGAGCCGGUGUACACAGAGGUCCGUCAGGGUUUGGGUCGGGCUUUCCUCCUGACCUGCCGUCUGCUACGGGCUCACCCCGCUCGCGACCUCAAGUACGAGUGGAAGCUGGGGACACGCCUUCUCACUGUUGGCACGUUCAACGAUCAGCGGGAUGACACAGACUACCAAGUUCGCAGCCUCAACCGCGAGGGAUACGGAGAGUACACCUGUGACAUCACAAACGAGGCCGGGGCGGGCCGCUGCACCUUCCUGGUCACGGGAAAGGCGUUCGCCCCGGAGUUCUACUAUGACACGUACGGCGCCUUGUGGCAGAACAAGCCGCGCGUCUACGGGUUCAAGCUCCAGUGGACCCAGCAGAACCCCGGAGCAGUGGACCACAUCAUGGCCUACAGGCUUGGAAUCAGACAGACCAGUCAGUCUCGAUGGUGGGAGCAGGAGAUCUCCAUGGAGGCUCCCAUCCAGAAGGGAGAGUUGAUCACCUACAACCUGACCGAGCUGAUCAAGCCUGAGGCGUACCUUGUCCGCCUCACCCCCAUCACCCGCUUCGGAGAAGGAGACUCCACUGAAAGGAUGAUCCGAUACAGUGCUCCUGUCAACCCUCAUCUGAGAGAAUUCCAGUGUGGUUUUGAGGACGAGGCGGUGUGCAUGUUCACCCAGGAUAAGACUGAUGAGUUUGACUGGACACGCCAUAGUGCUGCCACAAGAGACACCAAGUACACCCCCAACACUGGGCCUAGCAGUGACCGCAGUGGCUCCAAGCAAGGUUUCUACAUGUACAUCGAGACGUCCCGGCCUCGUCUGGAGGGGGACAAGGCUCGCUUGGUGACUCCGUCUUUCAACGUGGCGUCCAAGAGCCCCUACGGCACCGUGACGGCCGUCCCCUCCUACUGCUUUUCCUUCUACUACCACAUGUAUGGCAAGCACAUAGGGGCUUUGAAUGUGUACCUGCGCCAGAAGACCCAGCCCCCUUCGGAGACCUCCGUGUGGACCCUGCGCGGUCACCAAGGCGACAGCUGGAGGCAGGCUAAAAUCAACAUCCUCCCAACCGCAUCUUUCCAGUUGGUUGUGGAGGGAGUUCGCGGGGCGGGGAUCGAGGGGGAUAUUGCCAUCGAUGAUGUCACCAUAGAGGAGGGAGAGUGUAAAGACCCGCCCCCUAUCAACCUGAGGUCCUUUGCCCCUCCUACAGCGCCUCAUAUAUGGCAGCUGGGUGUCACCCUGACUCUGUUUGUGAUUGGCUGUCAGAGGUGACCCUCUUCCCCCCAGGACACGCCCAGACUUUCACCCCCCUACCCCAUUCCGACCUCAGCCACCCCCCAUGGAAGACUCUGCAGGGUUGGACUCCACAACCUAGGCCCCCUCCUCACAACAGCCCCUCCCUCCCCUUUCUACCAAAGAUUCAGUCAGAGGGACUGUGGGAGCAGCAGGCCAGAGGAGGCCCACGGAGAAGAGAUCAACUCUGGCCCGAGGCAGCGGCCUGCUCUGGGUGGUGUGGGUGACGGAGGGGGAGGUGGAGCUGAGGGUGGGGCCGUUAGUGAGCGAAAGCUACGGAAAACAAGGACACUUACGGAAACAAAUUACAGUAUAUUUUUGUAAAGCACAAGGAGUCAAGAACAAAUUAUUGUCAUUGUUUGUUUUGUUUUUUUUCCUCCUUUGUUCAUUCAUUAAUAACAUAAUUUAAAAAGAGAAAUGAAUGGGUCUGAGUCAAAAUCAACUUAAUGCAGAGUGAUAAAGAUGUAGAAAAGGAUGUUGACCCAAAGCCCUCCUUAUCAGGAUAGCAGAGACGGUUCUUAUUAUUUCCCUGUGUUCUGACUUCCCAACCUCAGCCUCAAGGCUGCCUCAGGACACACCCAGAUAAACAUAGAUCACCACCACCACCAACAACAAAAAUAUAUUUGUUUACUUUCUCUUCGCCCGCAGGCUACUCCAUUGCUUUCUGGAUAACAGCAUUCAAAUCUGUAGCUCAGUAUGUAAAAUUAUCAUUUUUUAUGUUUCUAUUUGUAUUUAUUUACUUUGUAUCUUUUACAUGUGAUGUUGUUUGCAGUUUGCUUUAUUCAAAUGUGCAAUCUAAUUGUGAGAUGGUUUGGUAAGUACUCCUAGUGCUAGUGGUACUCUACACUAGAGUACCAUGUGUAUACUCACCAUCAGGACUCACCAUAGUAUUCUGUUCUGUACUGUACACUGCUCUACCGGGUUGUAUUAUUCUAGCCUCAGUCCAGCUAUACUCUGUCGUGUGUGGUGUUGUCUGGCUGGUCUUGGUGUGUGUGUAUGAGGCCUGGGACUCUGAGGCCGAAACCUAGGCACGCCAACACAUGUACUGUAGGGGCAUAUGACCUUCUACGUCCUGUCCUUAACCAAUCAGAAUGUGUUCUCAUCAACACGACCAGAUGACUUCUUCUAGCUGUUCCUCUCUGCAUCCCUGGAUCGGACAGGCUGUGUUUGCCACUUCAGCCCCUAUUAGACACACACACGUACACACACGCACACACUCACAUAUCCCUUCUGGUGUCUUGUCCAGGGUCUCAUACAGGGCUGUGAUGUUGUGGAAAAGUCAGUCUGAUCUUGCUGUCCCUCCUGCACUGUGUCAUUUGAUUACAUGAUAAUGCUUCAGAAUCCUGUCAGAAGGGUAUUCAAGAGUAUAACGGGCCACUUAUACUGUAAGUUGGAAUGCAGUCUUUCGUUUGCUCUCUCUCUGCUACUAGUCAGUAACUUUUGGGUAUCAACACGGCACCAUUAAGCACAUAUAAAGAGUUGCGAAUGAAAAAACAGAACCUUGAAUGUCAACUCCCUCUUUUGCCAUCUCUUACUCGCUCGCUCUCUUUCUUUACCUCUCUCAUUCAUCACCUCUCUCCCCUCCUCCUCUUGCUCUCCCCCUCUCUCCAUCUGUCUCCCAGUAUGAGUUUGACCCAUCGAUCACGAUACUGUGGCACCAGACUGAAUCACUUCAGUCUAUUUGAAGGUUACUUAGUGUGCAGCUGAACGAGCAAUGUUCUAGCAUCUUAACAUCCUAUUGUUUAACAGCCAGCGGAGUGGAAAUAAGAGCUGCCCUCUGCCAGGUAACCAAGUGCCUUCAGACACGCUGGAACAUCCGUCUGGGUGGGUCAGGCUGAGGGGCUACACCCCAUACAGCUCUGCAGCUGACGGGAGAUCA